AUGAGCGGAAUCACGAACGCCUGUCUGUCCUGCUUCUCGACAGUUGACCGAUGGUGCCAUAUCUCAGCUUGUCUCGGCCCGAUCGGAGGCCGCUCAAGGGAUGGCAUUUAUGAAACCACUUUGGCAGACAACGAGCGCGAAGCAGUUUCCGAUCUUCUGGGUUACCUUGAAAACAGGACCGAGACCGACUUCUUCGCCGGUGAACCCCUUCGGGCCUUGAGCACCCUCGUCUAUUCCGACAAUGUCGAUCUCCAACGAAGUGCCAGUCUGACAUUCGCUGAAAUCACGGAAAGAGAUGUGCGCGAGGUCGAUCGAGACACGUUGGAGCCCAUCCUCUUCUUGUUGCAGAGUUCGGACAUUGAAGUUCAACGUGCUGCUAGUGCAGCACUAGGCAACCUGGCUGUAAAUGCGGACAAUAAGGUGCUGAUCGUCGCUCUGGGAGGACUGGCUCCUCUAAUACGGCAGAUGAUGUCACCAAAUGUGGAAGUGCAAUGCAAUGCGGUCGGUUGCAUUACAAACUUGGCUACCCAUGAGGAUAAUAAGGCUAAGAUCGCUCGAUCCGGUGCCUUGGGCCCGCUGAUCCGUCUAGCAAAGUCGAAGGACAUGCGUGUACAACGAAAUGCCACGGGGGCGUUGCUGAAUAUGACACACUCGGAUGAUAACCGACAACAACUUGUCAACGCCGGCGCUAUCCCCGUUCUUGUUCAAUUGCUCUCUUCUCCCGAUGUGGAUGUACAAUACUACUGCACUACCGCCCUCAGUAACAUCGCUGUCGACUCGUCGAAUCGCAAGCGCCUGGCUCAAACCGAGUCCAGGCUGGUUCAAUCACUGGUGCACCUGAUGGAUUCGUCAACACCCAAGGUCCAAUGCCAAGCGGCGUUGGCACUGCGCAACCUUGCCUCGGACGAGAAAUACCAGCUCGAAAUUGUUCGAGCCAAGGGUCUUCCACCCCUCUUGCGACUGCUGCAGUCAUCCUACCUUCCUCUCAUCCUAUCCGCCGUCGCGUGUAUCCGCAACAUCUCCAUCCAUCCCCUGAACGAAUCGCCUAUCAUCGAUGCGGGCUUCCUCAAGCCCCUGGUGGACCUGCUGGGAUCGACCGACAAUGAAGAGAUUCAGUGUCACGCCAUCUCGACCCUCCGGAACCUUGCCGCCAGCUCGGAUCGAAACAAGGAGCUGGUCCUGCAGGCCGGCGCUGUUCAGAAGUGCAAGGACCUCGUCCUCCGUGUGCCCCUCAGCGUUCAGUCGGAAAUGACUGCUGCGAUCGCGGUUCUGGCUCUGAGCGACGAGCUAAAACCGCAUCUCCUUAAUCUGGGGGUGUUUGACGUCCUGAUUCCUUUGACGGAAUCGGAAAGCAUCGAAGUGCAAGGGAACAGCGCUGCGGCGCUGGGAAAUCUCUCCUCUAAAGUGGGUGACUACUCCAUUUUUGUGCGUGAUUGGGCAGACCCGAAUGGAGGUAUUCACGGCUACCUCAACCGCUUCCUCGCCAGUGGCGACCCGACAUUCCAGCAUAUCGCCAUCUGGACUCUGCUUCAACUUCUGGAAUCAGAGGAUCAAAGACUCAUCGGAUAUAUCGCCAAGUCUGACGAUAUCGUUCAGAUGGUCAAGUCCAUCUCCGACAAGAAUAUCGAAUCAGACGAGGAGGAUGCUGAAGACGGGGAAGGCGAGGUCAUUGCGCUGGCUCGGCGAUGCCUCGAAUUCCUUGGGAACGGUCACAAGCUUGUAGAAGCCUAA